AUGUCUGUCAGUUUCUCCACGCUUGUGCAACGGGCACGGCCGGCGUCAAACCACGCGACGACGCAGGCGCUGCGGAGUGUAAUUGCAAAAAUACCGCCAACGAACAUCAGCAGCGUCGGGAAGGGUGUACGGGUGGCAUGCGAGGAAAACCCGCUUGCGUCUGUUGCCACUGUCGGGGUGUGGCUCGAUGCGGGCACGCGCCACGAGCCGGCGCAUUAUGCCGGGACGGCGCGUGUGCUGCAGAAGUGCGGGCUGCUCGGGACAACGAACCAGACGGGGGCGCAGAUUGCAAAGGCGCUUGACGAAAUCGGCGGGCAACUCACCGUGCAGGUGGGCCGUGAACAGACCCAUCUGUACAUGCGCGUGACGAAGCAGAACACGGAGCGGGCCGUUGGGCUUCUCGCCGACGUGGUGCGUAACGCCCGCCUGGCCGACGAGGAUAUCCAGGCAGCGAAGCAGGCCGUACUGAAGGAACAACACGAGUUUGAAGAGCGGCCAGAUGACGUCUGCAUGGACAAUUUGUACCGUUGCGCCUUUGAUAGCACCUCGCACGGCCUCGGAACCCCAUUCUACGGCACAGAGACGGGCGUCGCACGGGUGACGGCGGAGCAGCUCAAGUCUUACCGCAGCAGUGCUCUCCACGCAAACCGCGUGGUUGUUGUCGGCAGCGGGGCGGUGGACCACACCGCAUUGGAGCGUGCCGCCGCCAGCCACUUUGGCGAUCUCGUUGCAGCCCCCACAAAGUCAGCCGGCUUUCCGGAGGCGCGCUACGUGGGCGGCGAGUACAAGCUGUGGAACCUGCGCUACAAGACUGUCCACAUUGCGUGGGGGUUUGAGACAUGUGGGGCGGCGUGCGAGGACUCCCUGCCGCUGGCCCUCGCGUGUGAGAUUCCCGGCCCGUUUCAUCGCUCGCAGCAUGAAUUGGGUCAACACGCGAUGCACCGUGUGCUCAAGACCUUUUCUUCCCUUGAUCACAGCACUCCGACCAACACACACUUUAAUGAAAAGUGUAUUGAGAUUGCAAAUCCGUUCCUGCAGCAAUAUAAGGAUACGGGGCUCUGCGGCAUGUACAUUGUGGGUCGUCCUGCGCAGAGUGGCCCAGGCGAUGCCGGUGCCAUGGUUGAGGUGUUCCAGUACACCAUGGCGGAAUGGUGCCGCAUAUGCCAAAAGAUGUUACACCAGCAUGAACUUGAACAAGCCAAGGUGAACCUUAAAUCACAACUCCUGUUUAACAUGGACGGCAGCACCAAUUCCGCGGAGGAUAUCGGCAAGCAAGUGCUACAUUACGGUCGUCGUAUUUCACUGGAGGAGAUGUACGCCCGCAUUGACGACGUGACCCCUACAAACGUUCAGGAAGUGUUGCAACACUAUUUCUACAGUCGCAAGCCGGUGUACAGUUACCUUGGCUACUGUGCCUAUAUCCCUGGCUACGACUGGACACAACAUUGGUCGUACAAGUACUGGUACUAA